GGCAAGGAGGCGGAGCGGAAGCAGAGUGUGAGGGACAAGAGGAGUAAAAUCCCCACAAGCCGGGAAUCAACCUUGUUGCUGAUUCCCAGCUCAGGCCUUUCUUCAUCCCGACCUGGAGGCUGUUUCGCAAGCGCGGGACGCAGCUGACGCCCGCUAAUCGGCUUUCUUUGCGCCGCCCCAGCUCGGAAGCCAGUUGGCGUCGGCGACAGAGACGAGAAGCCCACAAGGCAAGCUCACUUCUGUUCUACUUUGAGAGAGAAAGUCAGAUGCCCUUUUUCAAUUCCCUCUCCAAAACUCAGCUGCUGGGUGACUGGUGGCCUUUCAGGAGCUGAACCGGUACUUGAAGGACAAAGAAAAAUUGAGGAGUUCAGUGUUCAAGUUCUCUGCCAUUUGCAACUUUGAACAUUGCACAGAAAUGGGUCAGGAGAUAGAAGGGCUCCAGAAAACCAUGUAAGAAACACAAGCAAGUUACACAGUGUAUAAAUUUCGCACUGCUGAGUUGCUAUGAAAUUUCCCUGACUUCCUUCUGAGACGGUCUGCUUUAAUUUUGCUGUAGGCAAUGAGUUAAUUGUGAGUUGGAGGCAACCUUGCUGAAGAUGAAGAAUAUACAUUAGAGGAGGAGUUUUUUUCUUUCACGUCUUGAUUGCUUGGUGACUUGCCUCUAGGUACCAUUUUUCAGUUGAGUCUGUUUGGUUCCUCAGAAAUGGUUUUUACAAUCUCAAGAAAAUCUAUGUCCCAGAAAUUGAGUUUACUCUUGCUUGUAUUUGGACUCCUUUGGGGAUUGAUGUUACUGCACUAUAUUUUUCAACGACCAAGACAUCAAAGCAGUGUCAAGUUACGUGAGCAAAUACUAGAUUUAAGCAAAAAAUAUGUUAAAGCCCUAGCAGAGGAAAAUAAGAACACAAUGGAUGUCGAGAAUGGCGCUUCUAUGGCAGGAUAUGCGGAUCUAAGAAGAACAAUUGCUGUCCUUUUGGAUGACAUUUUACAACGUUUGGUAAAGCUGGAGAACAAAGUCGACUAUAUUGUUGUGAAUGGCUCAGCAGCUAGCACUACCAGUGGUACUAGUGGGAAUCCAGUGCCACUGACCACAAAUAAAAGGAUAAAAGCAUCAGGCAGCAUUAGAUAGCAGUUGACGAUCACCUUGUGCUGCUACAUUCACCAUGGAUUAUAUCCUAUGGCAGAAAAUCACUGGCUAGCAUAGAGUAAUACUUUACAAUAAAAGCUCUACGCAUUUUCAAGGAAUAUGCUGGAUUCAUGGAACUUUAAUUCUGUAUAUAAUUUAAAAAGCUAUUAGUUUGCUUUCAGGCACAUCUCUUCAAUGCUGUACUAUAGCCUUAAAGGGAACUUGGUAACAAGGUUGAUGUAGUAAGCAGGUAGGUGAUCUUUGUAUAAAUCUUUGUGUUUGAGACCAAGUUGAAACAAAAACACUGAAAGAUUCAUUUCUACAAAAUAUUUAUUUAAAUAUAUAACAUAUUUUUUAGACAAAUGAGGAAUAUUGUUAUUGAAUCGUUUUGUCAUUUGUUAUGGAUAGAUGUGACUGUUGGACUAAUACUAUUAGAAAAUGUGCUUACUUCCAGUACUUACUAUAUUUUGUUAUUCAGAUUAUGAGCAGAGAGAAAAGAAGUAUAAUGUUGAAAAUAGUGUUUUGAAAUGAUGACCCAAAGAAUGUCUUCAUUUGCACUAUCCCUUCAGAAUAACUGAAGGUUAAUUAUUGUAUAUUAAAAAAAUUUACAUUUUUAAGAGUAUAAUCUUGAAAUGGGUAGUAGCCACUGUUCGUAAACUAUUCUAAACAUUGGGGCAAUUAAAUAACAUUAAAAUAGUAAUCUCCAAUCUCAUAUGUAACAUUUUCUUAUAUACUUAUAUUCUGAAGAGUAAAAGAUAUUUUUAUGAUGAGAUUAAAUAUUAAUUCAUGAUUUUUCAUAUAGAUGAACGUUAAUUUAAAAAUAUAAAACUUUGAGUGAUUAUGCUGUCAAGAAAGCACAUUAUUUCCAUAUUUGGGUAAUUUUUGCUUUUAUUAUAUUGGCAAGGGAGGGGGAAACUGAGAUAUUUGUGAGACUGGACCUCUUAAGGACUUUAGCCAGAUGUGUAUAAUAAAAGUAUUUGUGUUGCAUUAAAUUGUUUGGAAAAUGUUAGCAUUACAGUAUAUAGAAUACAUACUGCUCCAUGAGAUGUUGGAUUUGUGUGAUAUACAGUAGAUACUCGUUUUAUAUAGUGACCACUUAAAAAUAAUUAAGAGCAUUUAAAAUGUAAUUUAAAUUAUGAAGAUGGACUAUCUUUUCAGAAAAACAGCUAUUCUAUAUAUAGCACAAGAGAGCUCGAUCUUGGGUAAUUCUAGCAUAGAGCAAAGUACACCUUUAUUUAAAUUUUCCUUGUUGCAAAUUUAAUUACCAUAUGGUGCCCUUUGUUUCAUAGUAUUUAUUCUCUAAGUGCAGCUAGCUUCUAGAUUUAGACUGUAUUGUAUUUAGUUUUGGAAAUUGUAUUGUUCAUUAUUACAAUGUGCUACCAGACGUCGUAGCAAUAAUUAUAAUGGUUUAUUAAAGUAAGUAUGAGAAAAUACUUCUUGAAAGGUAUCUUUCCAAACUCUUCCCUGUACCCUGCCUUUAUAUGAAGAAAUUAUUUACAUACCGUUUCCAGGUAAAGUCUCUCACUAGAUGUGUAGAUUUUUUGUUUUUGUUUUCAGGGAUGAAAUAAAAUGUAUUAUUUGUACUUUAAA